UCUCGCAGAACGGUAAAUGCGCAACAAAAAAAAAAAACAACAAAUAAUAUUGGAAUAAAAGCGAAAUAAGUAUAUAUAUUCAAGCAGAUUAUUUAUAGAAUUCGCCAUAUAAAGCAUAUAUUAAAAAGUGAGAUACUCACGCACACGCACACACACACACACACACACGCGCGUAGGCAUGCCAUCAGAUGAUAAGAAAAAUCUUCAUAGUGCAAAUGGUGUGAGAGAAGGAGAGCAAAGAGAAGAAUUGCUGAAAGAAUUUGCGCGCCUGUUUUUUAAACGCGAUUUAGUUUCAUUUGCUUUGGAUGCAAGUUGCAACAUUGUGCUAUCGAGUGUUAUUGUGUUGCGUAUACGCCCCGUGGUGGUGCCGAAACUUCGAUCGCUAGUCAACGUCGGUAACGGUCAACGGUCAACGAUUAACGAUAAACGAUAAACGGUAAACGGUAAUCGGUAGAGAACGGUGACGUAGUCCUGCGUGCGGAAAACGAAACGAAACGUAGUGCUAAUAAAUGCAUUAAAAACGCGGCGGCCUACGACAACAGGCUUGUGCAACAGCAACAAUCUGAUGGUGAAACAGCAAACAAAGCAACAGCAGAAACAGCAGAAACAGAAACAAGAUCUACAAAACGAGGGAAUCAAAACAGCAACAAAAAACCGACAAAAAGGCAUAUCAAAUAGAGAAACCAAUAAACAUUUUCGAGUAUUUACAAUAAUCAAAAGUAGAGCCACCAGAAGAUAUCGCAAAAUGAAUUAAAUAAAUAUAUACAGCACACACACAUACAAGAGACACACCCACACAUACAUUUAUGUAUAUGGAUCUAUACACCAGAGCAAACAUAUUUACAACAAUAGCAACAUCAACAAAAAGAGAAGGGGAGAACAGACCAAAGCAACCAGAAGCAACAGAAGCAACAGCAACUAAAAUUGGGAAACCCCCUAAUCGCAGGCCAAGGACUGUAGGCGAAAGGUACUGGGGCGGAGAGAGGCAAGCGGCGAGGCGGCCAGCGAUGAGAGAGCGAGCUACGUCAUCCGGCUAGAGGCAUAUCAGGACAUUUAGCAGGACACGACGACAGCGAGGGACAUGGACACUGGCAGGGCCCCUUCACCCAUUUGUCUAGUGGGCAAAUAAAAGCGAGGCAGGAACCAGGCCACACACACACACACACACACACACACAACCGAACUUACAGCCGAGGACGAGGACAACAGCAAGGACAUUAGCGGGGUAGCCAUUGUUGUGGUGUGUGCGUCAAGGACAUUCACACACACACACACACACACACACGGGGCACACAACCCAGUCGACUGGUCCUAUUAAAUAUACAUCAAUCAGGCGUAAGGAAAUACUCCUAGUGGCCAACAGUUGUCCCAUGUGAUAGCCAAGAUAGGAAAAGCACAAGGAGGAGCGCAACAAGGACACAGCCACAGCCACACCCACGCACAUAUCUGGGAGCAGGAAAAAUGGCGCGACGCAGGGGCAGCGGCCGAGGCAAAUCCACAGUAAACUCACGCAAGAGUGCUCUGGAAACGGCUCGUGAAAAGCUGAAAGAUGAGUCCGCUGCCAAUUCCUCGCAGGCUAAUAAUAAAUUUGAUGAUAAUAUGGAAAAUGCAAGCACCACAACGGCGGGCAAGCAUUACAAGACGGCGGGAAAACAGUACAAGACAAACAGUAAGGUGAAUAAUAAUACGCGACGUGCCACAGCAGCGGCGGCGGCAGCAGCAGCGGCGGCAGCAGCAACAGCAGCCCCAAUCACACCAGCAACAAAGAAGCAGACAUAUCGGGAAGCUGCCACAACAGCAGCAGCAGCAGCAACAGCCACACAGAAGACAGAGCCAACAGUAAAGCUAGCAGAGCAGCAGCAGCAGCAGCAAGCAGCAGCAGCAACAGCAACAGCAGCAGCAACAAUUGCCGAUGUUGCUGGCAGCAAACCCAGUACAAGCAGCACACGAGAUAAGCUGAGCGACGACCACAGCAGCAGUAAUAAUAGUGGCAACAAUAACAAUAGCAUCAGCAGCAGCAACAACAACAACAACAACCACCACCACCACCACCACAGUGAUAAUAGUAUUAAUGAGAAUAGUUAUGAGUAUAAGAAUAGAGAUAAAGAUAAAGCAAAUCUAAGUGAUAGCAAAAUGACGCUACAGCAAAUGUCUACUGCAGUCGGCAGCCACAAGGAUUCACCACUGGCCACAGCCACAGCCACUACUGUUACAAGCAACAGCAGCAUCAGCAGCAGCAUUACCCCCGCCAGCAGCAGCAGCAGUAGCAGCACCAUCACAGCCACCACAGAUGAGGCUGCUGCUGUUGCCAUUGCGGAUUGGCCGAAUAUCUCGCGCUAUUUGCACAAGAAGUUCAAGCGUUUGGCGAGCACCACAGAAGUGGAGGGUGGUGGCAACGGAAGUGCCAGUGGCAGUGGCAGCCACAUUGCAGCCGGGGAUGCCGGCCGCACCACAUCGCUAUCCUCAAAUAGCUCACUUUCACCGCCGCCGCAGCCAAUGGUGCCAGUGGCAGUGCCAGUGGCGGUGGCGGUGGCCAACGGUCAUCAUUUGACCCAACAGCAGCAGAACCAGCAGCAGCAGCAGACGACGACGACGAAUGAAUUCAGUGCCAAUUUUGUAAAUAGCAAUCAUGUCAAUGCCAUCAGCCAUGAGGAGGGCAGCAGCAGCAGCAACAACAACAUUCACAAUAACAGCCACAGUGGGAGUGGGAGCGGCAGCGGCAGCGGGAAGAUGGCCAACAAUGUGAGCGUGGCCAGAAACCGUACACCGUUGAGCAGCAGCCACAGCCACAGCAGCAACUAUGCGGCCAAUGCCACACUGACGCCUGCAACAUUUGCCCAGCAUCAGCAACAGACGCAACCAACAGCAGCAGCAGCAGCAGCCGCCGGAGCACUAAUAGCAGAGAAAUCUGGCAGAUAUGUGUGCCCGUAUUGCAGUUUGAUUUGUGCCAAGCCAUCGGUGCUGGAGAAGCAUAUACGUGCGCACACCAAUGAGCGUCCCUAUCCCUGCGACACCUGCGGCAUUGCCUUCAAGACGAAGAGCAACCUGUACAAGCACUGCCGCUCCCGGUCGCAUGCGGCACGAGUCCGCGGCCUGGAGGUGCCCGCAGAUGCGGACGAUGGCCUGUCCGACCAGGAUGCCGAUCUGAGCAACAGUAGCUCCGAAUUGCCAAGUCGGUCGGGUUCGCCGUACGACGAGCCCAUGGCCUCGCCCACGCCAUCUCCCUCCACUUUGUCGGCAGCGAAAAGCGCCUACAUCCAGCACCAGCCAACGCUGCCGCAGCACAUGCAACAACUGCCGCUGGGGUCGCCGGCUGCGGGCACCCUGCCACCUGCCACCGCGGAUACCCUGCACUCGGCCACGGCCCAGCAUCGUCAGUCCAUCGACUACAAGCCAUACAAGCCCAAGUUCCAUAAUGCAGCUCUCUAUGUGCCGCCUGGCGGCAGCAAUGAGCUGCAGUUGCAACAACAACAGCAACAGCAGCAGCAUCAUCUCGUCCAGCAGCAGCAGCAACAGCAGCAGCAGAAGCUUUCCAUUCAGCUGCCUCUGGUGCAGCAGCAGCAGCAGCCAGCGCUGACCCAUCCCACCCUGUCGCCCAGCACGCAGAUGAAGCUGAACAAUCACAUCACUUCGCACAAGAUGCAGCUGCAGUUGCAGCAGCAGCUACACGCCCAGCAGUCCCUGCUGCUGGCUGCCAAUCCUGGGGCUUUGCCACCGGGAGCAGGUGUCUACUAUCUGGGGCAGCCAUCGUAUUACAAUCAGGAUGCGGCGGCAGCGGCGGCGGCCAUGCAUCAGCAGGCCAUGGUCUUUCAACAAUUGCAAAUGCAACAGAUUCAUCUGCACCAGCAGCAGCAGCAGCAGCAACAGCAGCAGCAACAGCAACAGCAGCAGCAACACUCUCCACUGGUAAAGGCUCCUCCGCCACCGAUGCAACAGCAGCCGCAUCCACCGAAUAUUCCUCCCCAACAGUUGGUGCGAGCCAAUAGCCAGGCAGCGAUUGUGGUGCCAGUAGCAGCAGCAGCAGGAGCACCCCAAACCCCCACGCCAGCCACCAAUCUGAGCAGCUUUGCCAGUGCCAGUGGCGGCAUGCAAGUGAAUGUGGAAAAGGUGCAGGAGCACAUAUCGAAGCUGAUUUCGCAGAACGAGGCGAUUGUGGAGAACAAGGAGAUUCUGCUGCAGAAGAAGUACCCAAAGCAGCUGAAUCGUUCGCGCAGCUUCAACAAUGCCAAUGCGAAUGCCAGCAAUGCGGCUAUCAACAGUAAUAGUCCACAGAUGUUGGGCAUCGGUGCCAGCGAACGAGAGACGAAAGUGAAUCUGGCCCAGGCAAUUGUACAGAAACAGCAGCAGCAGCAGCAGCAGAUACAGCAACAACAACAGCAGCAGCAGCAGCAGCAGAUACAGCAACAGCAGCAGCAACACUAUCAAAUGUAUAUGCAACAACAAGUGCAGCAGCAGCAACAGCAGCAACAACAACCACUCGAACCACCAAAUGGUGUGGUGAAGCGGAAAAACUAUAGCUACAAGCCAACACCGGCCAUGCCAACUGCCGCCAUGCCUACAGCCGCCAAGCAGCACCAACAACAACAACAACUGCAGCAACAACAAUUGCCACCGCCACCCUCACCGCUGCCCAUGCAGACGCUGCAGUAUCGCCAGGACCCGGCCACGCCAGUGCCCAAAAUGGAGCAGCCAGCGGCCGCUGUCAAUGCCAUGCCAUUGAAUCUUUCUGCCAAGCCAAAGCAACAACAGCCGACACCCCAGGCCACUGCCAUGCUCACGCCUACGUCCGCCUCUGCGCCCACAUCAAUGGGCAACACUCCCUCGACGAGUGCAGCAGCAGCAGCUGGAGGAGUAGGAGGAGGAGGAGGGAGUUCUACAAAGACUGCCUCAGCCGCUGCACCCCAAACGCCAAAUAAUUCAAUCAUCAAGAAUCUGCUGCUGAAUGCACGAGGAUUGGCCGUGCCCAUUGGCGAGGGCGACGAUGCCUUCUACUCAUGUCCCAUCUGUGCCAGCGAAUUCCGCAGCGCGGACGAACUGAAGCUGCACAACAGCACCUACUGCCAGGACGCCAGCUCCAGUGCACCGAUGAGUCCGGCCUCGUCCCCCAGCUCCAAGUACUUUCGUUCCAAUUCGAUCUCGAUGAGCCUCCCAGAGCUCAAGUGCCACAUGGCCAACUCGAAGAAUCCGCUGUCGCUGGCCAAGCUCGCCUGGUCGCAGCUGAAGACGAAGCGCAGCAGUCUGGUGCUGAGUCGCCUCAGUGCCGCACAAUCACCCGCAAGGACAUCGACGGUGACGGCUCCAACGCCAGCUGCUCCUGUCCAGGUUCAGGUUCAGGUGCAGGUGCAGGCCCCCGUGCCCAUUCAGGCCCAAUCCAUUUCUGUUCCCGUAGAAGCGAUGCGUUUUGUGGACGCGCCACUGCCAUCGCCUGGUCCUUUGCUUGGCAAGACAGCACUGGUGGAUUUUGCCCAGCAGAAUGCACCCCGCAAGGCACACGAUUCGGUGGUGAUCACCAAAAUGCACGAGGAUCGGCAGUUUUCAAUGGGCAUUGGCAUGGACGCUGCACAGCCUGCACCGCCAGCGAAGCGUGCGAAGACCACCGACACGCCAACGUUCAAAUUCUUUGGCAAUCACAACCACAACCACAACAUGGGCUUGGUCCAGGAGCUGCAGCAGCAGUCCAGCAGCAAGGAGGAGCGCCUGCGCAGGCUUACCUCCUCUGGCGGGAGCAUGAUACCCAUUUCGGAGUGCCCCGAACUGGAGAACAGCCCCAGGAUGAUACGCACACCGCUGCUCUCGGGUGGCAGCUUCCAGGACGUGCUGCCCAAAAACCACGAGUCGUCGGCCAGUAAUGAGCGAAAGCUGCUGGCUGCUGGCCUUGGUGGCCACCCGUUGCUCGGUGUCAGCAGUGCCCAAGGGGCACAGCAUUUCCAAUUUCCGCCCAUCAACUCGAUAACUGCCUUCAAUCCACUCACUCUGCCGAUGAGUGGCGGCGGUGGUGGGGAUAAAACGGCACCCGUCACGCCCAUUCCGUAUGUGCCGGGAAUUCCGGGUCCCGGCAGCCUGACGCCACAGAUGUCCCUGCUGCCGCCGCCACCGCAGCAGCUGCAAUUGCCACUGGUACCCGCCAGUCGCGGCCGCAGUCCCAAUCGCAAGCAGCCGAGUCCGCUGCUGCUGUUGGGCGGAGCAGUAGCAGCAGCAGGCGCCGGAGAGUCACUCAAGUCGCUGUCGCCCUUCGGUGGCGUCCAGAAUCUCCCGAGUGAGUUCAGCCGCCAGCCGCCGACGCCUGCCCAGAGGAAAGCCCUGCAGUGGAACAACAACAGCAAGGAGACACCGAAGAAGGCGCCCUUUAACUUUCUGCGAAUGGCGGACAAUGUGAAGGCAUCGGAACCGGAGGUGCGGCACUUCAACCUGGACAAUGUGAUCGCUGUCAAGCAGCCGACACAGGAGGCGGCACCCUUGGCGCCCCUGCACGUGGAUACGCCCAAUGGGAGUGCAGCAGGAGCUGCUGACGCCGCAGUGACUGCGGCUGUUGCUGGAGAGGAGGCGCUAACCGCCGCCAAAUCAAAGUUUCUGCGCCCCACGAGUCUGCCCCUGAAGCCGGGCACCUUCACGCCGAAGCGCCAUCAUGGAAUCACACCGACAGCCAACACCCUGCCGCUGAUCUCGCCGGAAACGCCACGGCCGUCCAAGUCGUGUGUCCAGCUGUAUCUCAACGGCCACGCCUACACCUAUUUGGGGCUGAAGUGCAGCACGAAGAUGUUCUACUGCACCGUGAACUGCCCGCAGCCGUCGUAUGUGGCGGGCAUGCACAAGCUGUCGAUGUACAGCGUGUGGCAGGUGUGCGAGGAGAACCAGCCGCAUCCGCUCGGAUUCAAGCUGAAGCAGGUGAUGGCUCUGUACGACUCACGCCAGAAGAUGUUCGGCAAUGGGAGCUGCACCUCGAUGGCGAGCACAGGGACAGGCACAGGCACAGGGAAGCUGCUCAACUACAAAGUGGUCAACGCGCAGCAGACCAUCUGCUCGGUUUCCACAAUGUCAAGCAGUGCACUGCAUCAGAAUCCGCUCGCUCCACUGCCGGUGGUGGCCGUGGGAGCACUCAGCGAGGCCAAUGUGGCGGCCAAGGCCUGCGAGGAGGCGGCCGAGGACAAGAAGAUGGAGGUGAGCCCCUCGGGACAGCCCCUGGUGGGCGGCUAUGAGUCGCACGAGGACUACACCUACAUCCGGGGACGGGGUCGCGGCCGAUAUGUGUGCUCCGAGUGCGGCAUCCGCUGCAAGAAGCCAUCGAUGCUGAAGAAGCACAUACGCACCCACACGGACGUGCGUCCGUUCACCUGCAGCCACUGUAACUUCAGCUUCAAGACCAAGGGGAAUCUCACCAAGCACAUGCAAUCGAAGACGCACUUCAAGAAAUGCAUAGAGCUGGGCAUCAAUCCCGGUCCCAUGCCCGCCGAUGGCGAGUUCCUCGACGUGGACAUGGACUUUGAUCAGCAGUCGUCUACCUCUGCGGGCGGACGCACCUCCUCGAUGGCCGAUGGUGAAUCAGAUUCGGAUGAUUUCAGUGACAAUGAAUCCGAGAGCAGUGACACCGAUGAAUCCAAGUCGCGACUGAAGGAACACGAGGCCGCUCGCUGCCUGCUGUCGCUGUCGAUGACACCGCCCAUACCGCAGAGCGUUUCGCCAUAUCCGCAGCUUCAGGAGACACCGGCUCCGGCUGGCAGUCCGGCCAACAGCAUUGGCUCGUCGGGAUCGUCGCAGCCCAAGCCACGUGGCGUGGUGUGCUCCUUUACAUCGCCAAAGCCGCCGUUCGACUACCAGAAGCAGGAACAGUAUUACUCGAAUCCCGAGGAGUCCAAGCCCAAGCGGAGCGUGGCCAGCGAGGAGAGUGCGCCCAUGGAUCUCACCAAGCCACGAUGCCCCAGCACAUCCAUGGCAGCUGCCGGCUCCGUCUCCCCCUGCCCGGUGGCACUAGUACAGGACCUGCCCAAAUCGCAGGCACAGCAGAUGCACGAUGUGAUCUUCGGCAGCGCCGGCAGCAGUGGCAGUGGCUUCAUGAAGACCCUCAUCUCGGUGUCGGACAAGGUGCGCAUCUCCACCGAGCUGAAGGAGGAGGAGGAGCAGGACAUGCACGAGGCGGCGGAGGGCGAGGAUGUGCUGAUGCAGACGUACCGCAAGGAGCAUGCCCUGCAGCAUGCCAAGAUGAAGCAGAGCCAAUUCAGUCGCAGCUACCUGAUCAGCACGCUCUUCUCCAGCACCAGCAACACCGCCACCACCUCCUCCGUCAUGACCACUAGCACUAGCACUAGCAGCAGCGGCAGCAGCAGCCUCCUCUCCGUGAGCAGCAGGCCCAUCAUGAGCAUCAAUGAGGUGCCCAGCAUCGAGGUGCAUGAGGUGAAGACCCCGGAGGCGGUCGAGGUUUCGCUUCCAUCGACAUCCACGAUAGCCGUCACGGCUGCCCAGGCUGCGAACAGCAUCCUCCCCUCGAAGGCAACGGCCAACGAUGAGAGCGAGGAGAGUGAGGCGCUGUCGGAUCAGGAGAGGGCCAGCGAGCCGGCGCACAAUGCGAAUCUCCCUGCUGCAGUGCAGCAGCCGGAUGCCACAGACUUCAGCGGUGUCCUGGGUACGUCCCCAAAAGCAGCGACACCACCAGUGGCAGCAGUGGCAGUAUCCCCCACUGCCACAACCGCACCAGCUGCAACUCCAUCUGCAACUCCUUCACAGCCGCAACCGCCCACCCGCACUGUGAUCGUGGGCGAAGAUGGCUUAAAAGUGCCUCGCAACAACAACAACAACAACGAACUACAGUCUGGAGCUGUGUCCACAUAUCCAAGGGGCGUGCCUCCGCCGCCCCCCACUGCCAGCGAUGCGCGGCCCACGUGCCUGAUCUGCUCGAAGACGUUCCAGCGCCAGCACCAGCUGACGCUGCAUAUGAACAUCCACUACAUGGAGCGGAAAUUCAAGUGCGAGCCCUGCGGCAUAUCCUUCCGCACCCAGGGCCACCUGCAGAAGCACGAACGCUCCGAGGCGCACAAGAAUAAGGUGAUGAUGACGUCGACGUUUGGGGUGCCGACCACCUCCAAUCCGCGGCCAUUCGAGUGCACCGACUGCAAGAUCGCCUUCCGCAUACACGGCCAUCUGGCCAAGCAUCUGCGCUCCAAGACACACGUCCAGAAGCUGGAGUGCCUGCAGAAGCUGCCGUUCGGCACCUACGCGGAGAUCGAGCGCGCCGGCAUCAGCCUAACUGAGAUCGACACCAGCGACUGCGACAACUCGCUCAUCUCCCUGAAGCUGCUCGCCCAGAAGCUGCUGGAAAAGGAUCCCAAUAAGCUGAGCGGCUACACCACGCCCUCGGGCAUGAUGCAGCUGGCCCAGGAUACGCCCACCUCGCAGGAUAGCGCCUCUGAGGAUGGGUUUAGUGCGGCCAUCGCCUCGGCCAUUGCCAGGCUGGACAAUGACAGUGAUGGCAACACGCCCAAGCGUGCCAGCUCCAUGUCCGAAGAUGAGACCGUGGCCAAUGGGCUCACCCACAACCUGAAGCGUCGUCUGCCCGGCAGCUUUAGCAGCACGGGCGGCGAGGAGAGCGACAAUCCACCGGAGGGUGGCACCACCACAGCCACAAACGAGAAGCGUGCCCGACCAUCCCAGGAUGCUGCUCUGCCUCUGCCCGUUACCGUUCCGGUUGCCGUUCCCGUGGUCGCCUCGGCAGCGGCCAGCAACUGACAGUACAUGUACAUGCUGCAGCCCACCUGAGUGUGGCCCAAUACUGCAGCGGCGCCCAAACUGUUGUCCUCUGAACAGUAUCGACACUACCAGGGAUACCACAUGCCCACCAUCGCCAGCACCGACAUCCGUUCACAGUUCCCCUGCAAUUCCGGAUGCGACAAUGGAGUUGGAGUUGCCGUUGGAGUUGGAGGCAGCCAUGACCAAACCGCCAACGAGCGCAUAUCAAAUGUCUAAGCAUAUCGCAUUUGGGCACACAACACUUACGUUAGCACUAGCUUCUAAGAGACCAACAACCCCCCGCCACCCCAACACCCCACCACACUCGCAGAUGAACCCAAAAUGAAUUUUGGUAAUCCUGCAAUCGAUCGAUUAGCAAUUCCAGUGUAAUAAACUCGGUCAUUUUGUGGGAGUUCUUAUAUCUGUAUGAGAUAUACUCUGGGCAGCCCCGAAACAGAUCGAUUUGCCUCUUAGGUAUCUAGUUUAAGGAAUCGUCAUCAGCUCUGAUCUAAAAAAUAUAUAUAUGAUUAUAUGUAUAGUACCCAUAAAGUAUAUAUGUAUAUGAAUACUAUGUAUACACCCAGGUACCAUGUACGCUAGCUCUAGUUAUAAGCCACAAUCUUCGAGUACUGUAGGUAGGCAGAUACUAUGCGGUAGGUAGAUUAUUAUAUCCAUAGAUUCAUGGAUUAUUUUUCGAAAAUGCAUGAAUGCAUUGCAUGAAACUCCCUGAAGUGCUGUGAGUCGUCCAUCUACAGAAAGGUAACAAGAAGAAGCCGAAGUGAACGAGAGAUGAGUAUUUAAUUUAUAAGGCCUAGCCAGCCCCAUCCAACACAACCCAACCCAACCCCUCCCCUAAUGAACCAUGUUUUCCAAAUACCCAAAUCGAAAUCCUCUGCAGAUCACGCAGCUCUUCCUUAUUUCAAAUUGUUAAGCAUACACCAACGAGAUAAUUGAAAAGAGAAAUUUAGAAUAGGUGAUAUCCUUAGUUUUGUUUCUAAUUUUGUAAAACAACGAGACCACGAGACUCUUUUAA